GCGGGGAUUCAGAAGACACUUGACCCUCUAGGCGCCGUCUCCCUGCUGAGCAUCAUGGCGCUGAGCGGUCGACUGGCUUUGGCCGCGCUCAGACUGUGGGGCCCCGGAGUGUUACAGGUGGGAGAAGGCCCAUAGCCCUCUCUGUGGGAGCCUCCAGCGCCUUCGGAUGUGGGGGCAGCAGUGAGAAGGCGAAGCUCUCUCUGCAGGAUGUGGCUGAGCUGCUUCGGACCAGAGCCUGCAGGAGGGUCGUGGUCAUGGUGGGAGCUGGCAUCAGCACACCGAGUGGCAUCCCAGACUUUAGAUCCCCAGGGAGUGGCCUCUACAGCAACCUGCAGCAGUAUAACAUCCCAUACCCAGAGGCCAUUUUUGAACUUGACUUUUUCUUUCACAAUCCCAAACCGUUUUUCACACUGGCCAAGGAGCUGUACCCUGGGCACUAUAAGCCUAAUGUCACCCACUACUUCCUUCGACUGCUCCAUGACAAGGAGCUGCUUCUGCGGCUCUACACACAGAACAUCGAUGGGCUCGAGAGAGCGUCUGGUAUUCCUGCCUCAAAGCUGGUUGAAGCUCAUGGGACCUUUGCAUCAGCUACGUGCACAGUCUGUCGAAGGUCCUUCCCGGGGGAGGACUUCUGGAGGGAUAAGAGUCCAUCAUGGUGGGGACACAUGGCAGCAAGCAGCAGACAUGGCUGCAAGAAUAGGAAGCUCAGAACUCACAUCUUCAAACUCAAGCAGGAAGCAGAGAGAGCAAAGUGGAAGUAGGACCGAUGUGAUGGCAGACAGGGUGCCUCACUGCUCUGUCUGUACUGGCGUUGUGAAACCUGACAUCGUGUUCUUUGGAGAGUCGCUGCCUGCAAGGUUCUUACUACAUGUGGCCGAUUUCCCCAUGGCAGAUCUGCUGCUCAUUCUUGGGACCUCCCUGGAGGUGGAGCCUUUUGCUAGCUUGUCUGAAGCAGUACAGAAGUCGGUGCCCCGACUGCUCAUCAAUCGAGACUUGGUGGGUCCCUUUGCUUGGAGUCCUCGCAGCAAGGAUGUGGCCCAGCUGGGUGACGUGGUUGAGAGUGUGGAAAGGCUGGUGGACCUCCUGGGCUGGACACAAGAGCUGCAGGAUCUCAUCCAGAGGGAGACUGGGAAGCUGGAUGGACAGGACAGAUAAAAUUAUUGUCACCUGCGGGAAAGUCACACAGCAGAUCCUCUCCAGGGAGACGUGCCUGAAAACAGCUCGGACAGGUUUACACAUCUGGGCUAAACCGCGUGUGACCUGGGUAACGGUCUUCUGAGGCUGCCUUCGGAAAGACUGCCCAGGAUGCUCACUCUGGGGCCAUGCCAUCACACUGCAGAGGAGCUCCAUGUGUCCCACCACUGCUGAAGCCUGCAAUGCAGAGUGCGCCUUUCUGGCAGUGGGCAGCACAGCAUGUCCAUCCAUCGCCAGCCCAGGGAUAUACUAGGGUAAUCUAGCAUUCCCAUCUCUACAGAGGCAUCUUUAACAACAAAAAAUCAUUUCUCGCAUGAAAUAAAUUUUAGUAUAAAA